AUGUGGCCAGGUCACGAGUACUUCCAGUGGGGCGCCAUCGACGCCUUCUCCGGCAGGGCGCGCUGCCUGGCGGCGCCGCCGUGUUCCGUGGAGAUCACCGUCUCCGGCGGUGGCGGCGCCGCCGGUGGCGGAGGGUGGUACUGCGAGUUCGUGCAGGUGACGGCGACGGGGCCCCGGCUGCCGUGCCAUCAGCGGACGUUCAAAGUGCAACAGUGGCUGUCCCUCGACGAGCCCCCUCACAAGCUAUCGGCUGUAAGGGACGAAUGCGGGUCCGGCGGCGGCGGCGGUAAUGACACCAGCAAGGGUUUGCAGUAG